CCCGAUCAAAAUCCCUCCGUUCCUCUCGUACACUUCAUCCGUUCCUUGCCCUUGCUCGCGCACUACGUUCAGCUACCAUCACAGCCAGACAUUUCGAGUGUGCCAUCUCUUGGACGGGCAGCAGCAGUGCAGUCACUGUUCUAUAUUGGCGCCUCUUCUCAAACUCCGGCGACGCCGGGAGUCCAAACGGAAUACCAUAUGGCGCAAUAUGUAUAUCCCCCCGCUCUGAAACCUGGAUGAUCCGCAGCAGAGGGAUGCGACGCCGUCGUCGGGUGCGCUGGCAAGCUGUCCUCUGCCUCCUACCGUGCCCCAGAGAGAGAUCGGCCGCCUCGACAAUAGCCGAAGGCGAUCUACUUACUGUGCGCGUGCGUCGUGCUCUCCUCGUGUUCGCGGCACGCCGGUCAUUAAUAAUAUUCCCCAACGACACAGACACGCUAGAAGCCCGCCAUGGUCUCCACCUCCGCGUCCGCGGGCGCAAAGCAGCUCGUAUGGUAUAUCACCGGCACGUCCUCAGGCUUCGGCGCUCGCCUCGUGCGCCUCCUACUCGAGCGAGGCGACAAGGUCAUCGCAACCGCUCGCUUGCUUGCGCAACUUGACCUUCCCCCGCACGAGAACUUACGUCUGCAGCAGUGCGACGUCACGAUUGGACUCGCGAAGCUCAAGGAGAAAGCUGCCGAGGCGGUCGCGUUUUUCGGGAGAGUGGAUGUUCUGGUCAACAACGCUGGUGUGGGAUUUAAGGGUAUCUUGGAGGAGGCCGGGUCAGAGGAACUGAGGAAGCAAUAUGAUGUGAACUUUUUCGGACAGGUUGAUGUCACGAACGCAUUCCUGCCGUAUAUGCGUGGAUGCCGCUCUGGGACGGUCAUUCUCAUGGGGAGUAGGUCAAGCUGGUUUCCUGAGAAUCCGACAGGAGGUCCUUAUGCAUCGUCGAAAGCCGCCCUCCGAGGCACGUCCUUGAUGGGCGAGACUCUCGCCGUCGAGCUCGCGCCUUUCAACGUACGCGUACUCAUCACAGAGCCCGGCGCGUUUCGUACAGAGAAGAUGCUUAGUCAGCCGAUAUACGAAGGCAACCGGAUUGCAGACUACGGCGCCGUGCGCGAAGAAAUGAAGAAGCGCUGGAAGCAGAUCGAUGGGCAUCAGCCAAACGACCCUGUGAAGGCCAUGCGCGUUAUCAUCGACGUCGUUCGCGGGGAGGGCGUCGCUGAGGGGAAGGACUGGCCGCUGUACCUGCCACUUGGGCCGGAAACAGAGGUAGCGAUUCGGGACAAAUGCGAGAAAAUCACGAACGUUCUGAAUGUAUGGAGAGAAGUGGUCCGGGACACGCGACUUUGACAACCCGUAGGCUGUUCCCGGUGCUCGCGACGUCGCAGGCGUAGCAGGAACGUGUCACAGAACAGUAUCACCACUUUUGCGUCUACUCAAUGUAUAUGUACACCAAGGUCAACUAAAGGCAGUAACUCAUCCUUGUACAA